CUCCUCCGGUUUCAGUGCGGAGCUCCACUCUGCGUCAGCAACAGCUGUCCCGCAGCCACAGAGCUGCGUCCUCACAGGCUGGACGGAGGACUCGCGUUUUGUUUCUCAAGUUUCUUGGAUUCUGUGGGAAUAUUUGCUGGACCGUGCAAGCUUCUUCUAGGGAGACCCUGGUGAGGCGGUAUCCCUUCGCGAUGCGAAGAUGGCGCCCGUCUUCCCUCCCCGAGGCACCGCUGCGUUCCGCCCCUUCACCCAGGAGUCACUGGCGGAGAUCGAGAGGGUCAAGGAGGAGAGAAAAAAGGCUGCCGAAGUAGCGGGCCAUGAGGAUGAGACGACAGACGCUCCGAACGCUGACCUGGAGGCGGGGAAGAGCCUGCCCAUGAUCUACGGAGACCCUCCACCGGAGAUGCUCAACACGCCUCUGGAGGACCUGGACCCCUUCUACAAAGGACAGAACACAUUCGUUGUGAUCACCAGAGGAAACACAAUCUUCAGGUUCAACGCGGAGCCGGCUUGCUACGUUCUGAGCCCCUUUAGUUUGCUGAGGAGAGGAAGCAUCAAAGUUCUUAUACAUUCGUUCAUCAUGAUUACGAUUCUGGCGAAUUGUGUAUUCAUGACGAUGAGCAACCCACCAGCAUGGAGUAAAACCGUGGAAUAUGUUUUCACUGGUAUUUACACCGUCGAGGCAACAAUCAAAGUGUUGUCCAGAGGUUUCUGUGUUGGGUCUUUUACAUUCCUUCGAGAUCCAUGGAAUUGGCUGGAUUUCAUGGUGAUCAGCAUGGCAUACGUCACUGAGUUCGUGGACCUUGGCAAUGUGUCGGCCCUCAGGACGUUUCGUGUUCUUCGAGCCCUUAAAACAAUUACUGUGAUUCCUGGUUUGAAAACCAUCGUGGCCGCUCUGAUCCAGUCGGUGAAGAAAAUGGUGGACGUCAUGAUUCUGACGGUGUUUGCUCUGGCCGUGUUCGCCCUCAUCGGCCUUCAGCUCUUCAUGGGAAACCUGAAACACAAAUGUGUGCGAUGGCCGAUCGAAACGUUUAACAGCACGGCAACAUUCGGUGACACGCUGUCGCACAACGACACCACGGGCGGGAAUCAGACGACGUUCUCCAACAGUACCUUUGAUUUUAUGGAAUAUAUUCAAAACUCCGAUAAUCACUAUUUUGUGGAAGGAAGCCUCGAUGCUCUACUCUGUGGGAACAGCUCUGAUGCUGGAUUGUGCCCCGAAGGAUUCACCUGCAUGAAGGCCGGGAGGAACCCCAACUAUGGCUACACCAGCUUUGACUCGUUUGGCUGGGCCUUCCUCGCCCUCUUCAGACUCAUGACUCAGGACUACUGGGAGAACCUUUUCCAGCUGAUCCUGCGGGCGGCUGGUAAGACAUACAUGCUGUUCUUUGUGGUGAUUAUCUUCCUGGGAUCCUUCUAUCUCAUCAACCUCAUCCUGGCCGUGGUGGCCAUGGCUUACGACGAGCAGAAUCAGGCAACCCAGCGAGAGGCCAUAGAGAAAGAGGAGGAGUUCCAGCGGCUACUGGAGCAACUCAGGAAUCAAGACCUGCCUCUGAAUCUUGGGAGCCGAGCCACUUUAACCAGUAAGAAGUCGAUGAGUCAUCGCACGUCGUCUCAGUUGGGGGACGAUGAACUGAGUCUCGAACGUGACGACAUCGUCAAGGAUUGCAACGGGAGAGUUAUCCCCCACAUACUCGUCAGAGCACCCACCAUGGUUAAGCCUGCUGCAGAUUACGAACUCGAGGAAAGGUCACUGAGCUCCGUGCCCAGCAUGCUCCAUCUGGACGGACCCGGCCUGACACAGAGGAGGGCGAGCGCUAUGACGGUGCUCACUGCAGCUGCCAUGGAAGAGUUGGAGGAUGCCCAGAGGCCGUGCCCACCCGGCUGGUACAAGUUUGCUGACAAGUUCCUGAAGUGGGACUGCUCCCCUUCCUGGGUGGUCUUUAAAAACUGGAUGUACUUUGUGGUGAUGGACCCUUUCGUGGACUUGACCAUCACCAUCUGCAUCGUGCUCAACACCCUCUUCAUGGCCAUGGAGCACUACCCCAUGUCUCCAGAGUUUGAAUACAUGCUCUUAGUGGGGAAUCUGGUUUUCACAGGGAUCUUUACAGCGGAGAUGGUCUUCAAGCUCGUUGCAAUGGCUCCAUACUAUUACUUCCAAGUUGGCUGGAACAUCUUCGACAGCAUCAUUGUCUCACUCAGUCUCGUGGAGUUGGGGCUGGCGAAUGUCCAGGGCCUCUCUGUCCUCAGGUCCUUCCGUCUGCUGCGUGUCUUCAAACUGGCCAAAUCCUGGCCAACGCUCAACAUGCUGAUCAAGAUCAUCGGUAACUCGGUGGGCGCUUUAGGAAACCUGACUCUGGUGCUGGCCAUCAUUGUCUUCAUCUUCGCCGUGGUGGGCAUGCAGCUCUUUGGGAAGAACUACAAGGACUGCGUGUGCAAGAUCUCCUUGGAUUGCGAGCUGCCACGCUGGCACAUGCACGACUUCUUCCACUCGUUCCUCAUCGUGUUCCGCAUCCUGUGCGGGGAGUGGAUCGAGACCAUGUGGGACUGCAUGGAGGUGGCAGGAGCUGGGAUGUGUUUGGUUGUCUUCAUGAUGGUCAUGGUCAUCGGAAAUCUUGUGGUGCUGAACCUCUUCCUGGCCUUGCUCCUCAGCUCGUUCAGCGGGGACAACCUCUCAGCGGGAGACGAGGACGGGGAGAUGAACAACCUCCAGAUCGCCAUCGGCAGGAUCACGCGAGGUAUCGACUGGUUCAAAGCGUUCGUCGUGCGAAUCGUUCAGGAGAAUCUCAACAGAAAACCCAGGGGCCCCGAGGAGGCUCCGACGGAUGGCUCGGACCCCAAAAUGGAAGGAAUCGAAAUGAACCACUUAGACACCUGUCAGGAUUUCAAAAUGGCCGACGGGAUAUCUAACUGUCUGGUUGAAGGCCGGCCUUCUGGAGUUCUCAUGGACGGAGAGCUCAGUCUCAUUGUGCCAAUCGCCCAGGGAGAGUCGGACUUUGAAAACCUGGGCGAGGAAGAUGAUGAAGAUGAUGAAGACGACGAUGACGACGAUGAUGAUGACGCUAUUGACUCAGAGAUGUUAGAUGAAGAGAGCAACCAGAACACAGAAAACUCAGAAGAUGAAGUCACUAUGUCAAGAAAUGUCAAACUGAUGGGUGCUCUGUGUGACGGGGAUUCUUCGAUAUGCAGCACAGUGGACUACCAACCACCUGAGCCUGAACCAGAAGAGGUGGAAGAGGAGGAGCCGGAAGCAGUGGAGCCGGAGGCCUGCUUCACCGACGAAUGUGUGAGUCGCUGGCCAUUUCUGACUGUGGACAUCACCCAAGGUAGAGGCAAGAAGUGGUGGAACCUCCGCAAGGCUUGUUUCACUAUUGUGGAGCACGACUGGUUUGAGACCUUCAUCAUCUUCAUGAUCUUGCUCAGCAGCGGGGCUCUGGCCUUUGAAGACAUAUACAUAGAAAGACGCCGAACCAUCAAAAUUAUUCUGGAGUAUGCUGACAAAGUUUUCACCUACGUCUUUGUCAUCGAGAUGGUCCUUAAAUGGGUCGCGUACGGCUUCAAGACCUACUUCACCAACGCCUGGUGCUGGCUGGACUUCUUCAUUGUAUUUAUUUCCCUGAUUAGUUUAGUUGCCAACUGGAUGGGCUACUCUGACCUCGGACCAAUCAAAUCCCUCAGAACCCUCAGGGCGCUGAGGCCUCUCCGAGCAUUGUCCAGAUUUGAAGGGAUGAGGGUGGUGGUGAACGCUCUCGUCGGGGCGAUUCCCUCCAUCUUCAACGUGCUCCUGGUGUGUCUGAUCUUCUGGCUCAUCUUCAGCAUCAUGGGAGUGAACCUGUUCGCUGGCAAGUUCUACCACUGCAUCAACACCACCACGGAGGAGCUCUUCCCCAUCACUGAGGUCAACAACAUGAGCGACUGCAUGGCCGUCGAGGAGGCCACGCAGGAGGCGCGCUGGGUCAACGUCAAAGUCAACUACGACAACGUGGGGCAAGGCUACCUGUCGCUGCUUCAAGUGGCAACGUUCAAAGGUUGGAUGGACAUCAUGUACGCUGCUGUGGACUCAAGAGAGGUGGAAGAGCAACCGUCUUAUGAGAUCAACCUCUACAUGUACAUCUACUUUGUCAUCUUCAUCAUCUUCGGCGCCUUCUUCACUCUCAAUCUCUUCAUCGGCGUCAUUAUUGACAAUUUCAACCAACAAAAGAAAAAGUUUGGAGAUAAAGACAUAUUUCUGACUGAGGAACAGAAGAAAUACUACGAAGCCAUGAAGAAACUCGGGUCAAAGAAGCCACAGAAGCCGAUUCCACGUCCGACAAACCCAAUCCAGGGCGUGGUGUUUGACCUCAUCACUCAGCAGUUCUUUGACAUCUUCAUCAUGGUGCUCAUCUGCCUCAACAUGGUCAGCAUGAUGGUGGAGACGGACAACCAGAGCCCAGAGAUGGAGGAUUUCCUCUUUAAAGUGAACCUGGCGUUCAUCAGCGUCUUCACCGGGGAGUGUGUGUUGAAGCUCUUCGCCCUGCGACAGUACUUCUUCACCAACGGGUGGAACGUCUUUGACUUUGUUGUGGUCAUCUUGUCGAUAGCUGGCACGAUGCUCUCUGACCUCAUUGAGAAGUACUUUGUGUCGCCCACUCUGUUCAGAGUGAUCAGACUUGCCAGAAUAGGCAGGAUUCUGCGUCUUAUUAAAGGCGCCAAGGGCAUCCGGACGCUUCUCUUCGCUCUGAUGAUGUCACUUCCUGCCCUCUUCAAUAUUGGUCUCCUACUCUUCCUCAUCAUGUUCAUAUUCUCCAUAUUUGGCAUGUCAAACUUUGCCUAUGUCAAGAAGGGGGCUGGGAUCGAUGACAUUUUUAACUUUGAGACGUUUGGCGGCAGCAUCAUCUGCCUGUUUGAGAUCACCACGUCGGCGGGCUGGGACGGGCUUCUGCUCCCGAUGCUGAACAGCAACUUUCCGGACUGUGAUCCAAACUUUGAGAACCCGGGAACUGACGUUCUGGGGAACUGUGGCAACCCGGGCAUGGCCAUGAUCUUCUUCUGCAGCUACAUAGUCGUCACAUUCUUGGUGGUGGUCAACAUGUACAUCGCCAUCAUCUUGGAGAACUUCAACGUGGCGCAGGAGGAGAGCGGUGACGCGCUCUGCGAGGAGGACUUCGACAUGUUCAACGAGACGUGGGAGAAGUUCGACUUGGACGGGACUCAGUUCAUCGAGUACAGCAGGCUCUUCGAUUUCUGUGACGCCUUGCAGGAGCCGCUCAGGGUGGCCAAGCCCAACCGGCUCCGCCUGAUCGAGAUGGACAUGCCGCUGGUCAUCGGGGACAGGAUCCACUGCCUGGAUGUCUUGCUGGCCGUCACAAAGAUAGUCCUGGGAGACACGGUGGAGAUGGCGGCAAUGAAGGAGAGCAUAGAGGCGAAAUUCAUCCUGAACAACCCCACAUCCGACUCCUUUGCACCGAUUACCACAACGAUGCGCCACAAGGAGGAGCACAUGGCUGCUGUGGUCAUUCAGAGGGCUUACCGCACCCACCUGCUGAAACGCUGCAUACGCCACGCCGCUUUCAUGCACCGCUCCAAGAGGUCGGGCAAAAAGGAUGGAGGUGAUGAUCCGCCAGAAAGGGAGGGGCUGCUCGCACGGAAGCUGGGAGUGCUCUAUGGGAGCAAAGCAGAGCUGGCGGAGGAGAUGGAGCAGGCUGCUCUGGAAACUCUGGCAAACCAAGAGCCUCCCAAUCCUGAGACAGUGUCCCAGCACACAGGGGCCCAGUGUGGCCCUGAACCCCCCGAGCCACAUGUCAUGGUCGUACUUGUAGAAAUUACUAAUGAGGUUUUACUACAUUCUGCCCCCGACCGACAGCUCCUCCCUGUAGACGCCAACCUGAGAGAGUCCAUCGUAUAACAAGCACUGUUGUCUUUUUAUAUUUAACCUAUAAUGAUGCAAAUUUUCUACGUUAGAUGAAGCGCUGACACGGAGCCACGGAAUGUUUUAAACUUUGUUUUUCACCAUUUAAAUUCAUGGUUUUCUCUAAAAAAAUAAUAAUGUAUUUGAUUUGGAUCUGAACCAAAUUGCAAACACAAUUUAUUUUAAAUCAAGAUCCAUUAAUUAUUCUCUGACAAAACAAUGAAAUGGAUCUGCACCAAAACGUAAUGAUUUCUUCCUGCGUCAACACUGAGCACAUCUGGAUCAGAUCGGUCCCAGUCCACCAGCGAAUCCUUGAUUUCUGAAUUAUCACUGUUAACAUUAAUACGAGCCGGCUAAUGCUCUUAACAUGUGUCCCCCCGACUGGCUCGCUCAGGAGGCCCAGUUUGUAUUGCACUAUUUUUACCCCUUCCAGGUCAAGUAAGCGCAGUUGACUCAGUGAGACUGAGAGACCUUCCUGUUGCCUCAGAUGAUUUCAUCACUGCUUUAUGCAUGUCUUAUAAAACUGUUUAGUUUUUCUGUGACUGUCGGAUAUUGAUUGAAAGAAAGAGUAAAAAACAACCUCUGUGACGUUUGACUGCCGGACACAACCACUAACCUCCGUUUCUGUCUAUUAAACAAGAAUAAUUCUAGUGAUGACAUAUAAGUCCUUUGGUAAAUUGCUGUUCGUGUUCAAUGGAAGUUUUGCCUCAGGUUAUACCAAGUGUGGACUCUCGUCUUUUGGCUCCAUCUUAAUUGAAUUUCUCAAGUGCAGCCCCACAGGAGUUUAAAAGUUCCUGUAGAAACUAUUUUGUUUAUGAACUGUGGAUCUCAUCAUCCUGUCCUCACAUAGAAAGGUUGCUUCACUUGCUGUUUCGUAAGUCUUAACUGAAUUGAAUAUGUCUUACUCUGAAUAUAAAUAACAUAAGCACUUUUUCUAGUUUUCUUUUUUUUUUACACUAGACUGUAGAAGACGGCCUCUUCUCUCGUCCGUGUGUUCAUCACUGUUUUAACAUCAAACCCCUGGAGGAAGACAGAAAAAUCGAACGUGUCCUCUGUGAGGGGUCUCUUUGUCUCUUUGUCUUAUCCUGCGGGCGCAGUCAUAUUCACAAGGUGGUGUCCUCCUUUUGUUUACAUUUCUAAUGGAGGGGAAGUCAUUACUGCUCCACCCACAGUCAGUGUUGCUUGUAUAUACACUCUGUUCCUCUGUAUUGUUUAUUUAUAUCAUUUUGUUAUUGUAAAAAGUUGUAACAAUGUUGUUAGAAUAAAGUUCUGUUAGGGAAAUGUAA